AUGCUGAUUAGGACGGCAACUGAAUUUUUGGCUGUAUCUGCUGGAAUUAAGUUGAAUCCUAGAAAGUUGUAUGCUAGCAACUUCGCGACUGCAAAGGAACUGCUUAAAGUCACAUCAGCCUUGCUUAAUUCACCACAAAAUGUGCAUCAAGAAGAGAGUGAGCUCAUAAACUUUGAGGAUGCAAUAAGCAAUGAUGAGAUAAGAAAGAUAAGGAACUUGUCAUCGGAAUUGACCAACCACGGAGUCACUAUGUACGACCUGAUAGCUAAAGAAGCAGUUAACAAAGAUGCUCGAGCACAAUUUUCAAAACCAUUGGAACUAAGUCAAGUCGAGAAGCUUCUCAAACAAGCAACAUCAAAUCUCAAAAGACAAAUUGAAAAUGGCAAAGCAACUCUUGAGAAUCAAGUGACUGAAAAGUCUAAUUUGGAGUCAAAAAUUCAGAGAAAGCAGUCAGAACUAGAAAGAACAAGUCAUCGACUAGCAACUUUGCAGAAAAUUCGACCAGCAUAUUUGGAGGAAUUUGAGAAAAUUGAGAUUCAAAUGAAAGAAAUGUACAGUCAAUAUACAAUGCGUAUAAGAAGCUUUGAUGCACUGAAGAAUAUGCUAAGCAACAAUAGCAAUCAGUCACCAACUUCCUACUCACCAAUACAAAAGACACAUGACAAUUCUAUUCCUGUGUUGCCAGAGGAAGGCUUAACUGACGACGAAGAUGAAGACGAUGAUAACAAUUCUGAAAAUACUGACUUUAAGGAUGAUCAGUCAUUGUUAAAUCAAGACAUCUUCAAGCAAGUCUCAAAUCGUCUGAUGUCACGCGGUGAAAGGAAAGUCAGCGAAGUUGAGCAUAGAAAUAUAAAAGUUGCUGAUGAUCUCAGUGUUACAGAGUCAUCUCCAUCGAGUGAGGACCUAGAAAGUGGCGAACUUGAUUUUAUGAUGGACAUGGAAAAGAAUGACGAGAGAAUGAUGAACUUCAAAAGGGAAGUGAAUGUAAAAGCUGAAAUUAGUGAUGAAGACUUUUAA